AUGUUUUUCUGUGGCAGGCAGUGUGGCCAUGCUGGCAGACCCGAAGAACUUCUACUGCUGUUCAAGAUAUUUCUUACCGUCAUCUGUCUUCAUGUUGUUCUGGUUACAUCCCUGGAAGAGAAUGCCGAUAAUUCCAGUUUGUUAUCACCAUCUGCUGAAUCAUCUCUUGUUGGUUUUGUCCCCUACUCCAAUGAGGUUGAAACUACAAGCCUGAAUGAUGCUACUUCGAGUGUAUUAUCCACUUUAAACAAAACAGAAAAAACUAAAAUCACUAUAGUAAAAACCUUCAAUGCAUCAGGAGUCAAACCCCAGGGAAAUGUCUGCAAUUUGUCAUCUAUUUGCAGUGACUCAGCAUUUUUUAGAGGUGAGAUAAUGUUUCAAUAUGAAGAAAGCAGUGUUACUCAGAAUCAAAAUCUGGCUAAUGGCACCUUAUCUGGAGUCCUGUCUCUAAGUGAACUCAAGCGAUCAGAGCUAAACAAAACCCUGCAAACCUUAAGUGAGACUUAUUUUAUAGUGUGUGCUACAGCAGAGGCCCAAAGCACAUUAAAUUGUACAUUCACAAUAAAAAUGAAUAAAACAAUGAACAUAUGUGCUGUAAUGGUCGCUUUGAAAAGAGUAAAGAUUCGACCGAUGGAACAGUGCUGCUGUUCUGUCAGGAUACCCUGCCCUUCCUCCCCGGAAGAGUUAGAAAAGCUGCAAUGUGACCCGCAGGAUCCUGUUGUAUGUCUUGCUGGUCAUCCAGAUGGCCCACCGAUUUCUUCUUCUAGCGGUUCCACCCCAGCUGCUCCUCAGGCCACCAUUCUGGCCCAGGUCUCCGGUGCCUUCUCUUCUGCUGAACCUCUCAGCCGUCCACCUGUAACCCAGAACCCUGCCUCUCCAACACGAGCGAUUCACCUUCCUUCUCCCCAGCCGACAGCUCUCAUUGCUUCCAGCCCUACCAUGGAUACGCCCCCCAAAUCUGGAACUGUCUCUUCCCCUCUGCCCCAGACUGAUCUUUCCCACACCCUGCCACCCGUGAAAUCCUCACUUUCCUCCCCCACCACGUCUGUCCCUGUGAAUGUCAUCACGACCAACACACCUCCUGACGAGACAGAAAUUGUUUACACCAGCAGCAGCAGCAGUGAUUCUGAUCUUGAGAACCAAGUGUCCCAGAUGGAGAAGGCUCUGUCCUUGGGCAGCUUGGAGCCUAACCUCGCGGGAGAAAUGAUAAACCAUGUCAGCAAACUCCUUCAUUCCCCACCUGCCUUGCUGGCUCCUCUGGCCCAAAGAUUGCUAAAAAUAGUGGAUGACAUUGGCUUACAGCUGAAUUUUUCAACCAAGACCAUAACUCUAACCUCCCCUUCUUUGGCUCUGGCCGUGAUCAGAGUGAAUGCUAGUAAUUUCGACACAACUACCUUUGCUGCCCAAGACCCUGCAAAUCUUCAGGUUUCUCUGGAACCUCAGGCUCCUGAGAACAGUAUUGGCAUUAUUACUCUGCCUUCAUCACUGAUGAGUAAUUUACCAGCUCAUGAUGUGGAGCUGGCUUCCAGGGUUCAGUUCAACUUCUUUGAAACGCCUGCCCUGUUUCAGGACCCUGCCCUGGAGAACCUUUCUCUGAUCAGCUACGUCAUAUCAUCCAGUGUUGCAAACCUGACGGUCAACAACUUGACAAGAAAUGUGACGGUCACAUUAAAGCACAUCAAUCCAAGCCAGGAUGACUUAACAGUGAGAUGUGUAUUUUGGGACUUGCGCAGAAAUGGUGGCAGAGGAGGCUGGUCGUCCGAUGGCUGCUCUGUUAAAGACAGGAAACCGAAUGAAACCGUCUGUACCUGCAGCCACCUUACAAGCUUUGGCGUCCUGCUGGACCUAUCUCGAACAUCCUUGCCACCCACUCAGAUGAUGGCUCUGACGUUUAUCACAUAUAUUGGUUGUGGGCUCUCGUCGAUUUUUCUGUCAGUUACUCUUGUAACCUACUUAGCCUUUGAAAAGAUUCGGAGGGAUUACCCUUCCAAAAUCCUCCUCCAGCUGUGUUCAGCCCUGCUCCUGCUGAACCUGGUGUUCCUCCUGGACUCGUGGGUUGCUCUGUAUGACGUGCGAGGCCUCUGCAUCUCAGUGGCCGUAUUUCUGCAUUAUUUUCUCUUGGUCUCAUUCACAUGGAUGGGCCUGGAAGCAUUCCAUAUGUACCUGGCCCUCGUGAAAGUGUUUAAUACUUACAUCCGGAAAUACAUCCUUAAAUUCUGCAUUGUCGGUUGGGGGGUACCGGCUGUGGUUGUGAUCGUCGUCCUGGCUAUAUCUCCAAAUAACUAUGGCCUUGGAUCCUAUGGGAAAUUCCCUAAUGGCUCACCGGAUGACUUCUGCUGGAUCAACAGCAAUGCUGUAUUCUAUAUUACAGUUGUGGGAUAUUUCUGUGUGAUAUUCUUGCUGAACAUCAGCAUGUUCAUUGUGGUCCUGGUUCAGCUCUGUCGAAUUAAAAAGAAGAAACAACUCGGAGCCCAGCGAAAAACCAGUAUUCAGGACCUGAGGAGUGUUGCCGGCCUCACGUUUUUGCUGGGCAUUACUUGGGGUUUUGCCUUCUUUGCCUGGGGACCAGUUAACGUCACCUUCAUGUAUCUCUUUGCAAUCUUUAACACCCUACAAGGAUUUUUCAUAUUCAUCUUUUACUGUGUAGCGAAAGAGAACGUCAGAAAGCAAUGGAGGCGGUAUCUUUGUUGUGGAAAGUUACGGCUGGCUGAAAAUUCUGACUGGAGUAAAACUGCUACUAAUGGUUUAAAGAAGCAGACCGUAAACCAAGGAGUGUCCAGCUCUUCAAAUUCCUUACAGUCAAACAGUAACUCCACACACUCCACCACGCUGCUGGUGAAUAGCGAUUGCUCGGGACUUGUGAGCGGGAACGGGAAUGCGUCUUCAGAGAAGAAUGGGGUUUCUUUCAGUGUUCAGAACGGAGAUGUGUGCCUUCAUGAUUUCACUGGAAAGCAGCACAUGUUUAACGAGAAAGAAGAUCCGUGCAAUGGGAAAAGCCGUAUCGCUCUCAGAAGGACUUCAAAGCGGGGAAGCUUACACUUUAUUGAGUAA